AUGUACCGACAAGUCCUUGUUCACCAUGACGACAGGGACUAUCAACGCAUCCUGUGGAGAACUAGCGCUGCUCAACCAAUAUCACACUAUAGACUCCGCACUGUCACCUAUGGAACAGCUACCGCGCCAUUCCUUGCCACACGCUGCCUCUACGCUACGGGCAAAGAUGCUGAUGAGCCUCAAACAGGUUUUAUGAUCAAAAAUAACUUUUAUGUUGACGAUCUCAUUGCAGGCGCAAACAGCGUAGAAGAAGCCAUCAACUUAAAAGCAGACAUCACCAAGACGCUUGCUAUUAGGGGUUUCCCGCUCUCAAAAUGGGUUUCAAAUGAUCUCAGCAUAAUUCAAAAUGUUGAUAUGCAAACGUCUGCUGUGGACAUCGCUGAAAUUGAUACCGAGAGCAGUCUGAAGAUUCUGGGCUUGCAUUGGCAACCACUCAAGGACUUUUUUACCUUCAAAGUCGCGCCAGUCGUCAAUGCCUGCACCAAAAGAGUUAUCCUAUCGGAUUCGUCCAAAAUCUACGACCCACUUGGCUUUCUGUCACCGUGUACAGUAUUACUAAAAACCAUGUUUCAGCAACUCUGGUUACACGAUAUUCAAUGGGAUGAAGAUAUUCCCGUUGCGUUAUCGCAGAGCUGGCUGACAUUUCGGCAGAACUAUGCUUGCUUCAACUCGCUCCGAAUACCGCGAUGGGUACACACUAGCCCCAGAGAUAAGUUCCAGCUUUGUGGUUUCUCAGAUGCUUCACAGAUGGCCUAUGCAGCUGCAGUAUACUGCCGCAUUCCAACAGCUGAGGGCGCCAAGGUGUUCCUGCUCACUGCCAAAACAAAGGUUGCUCCACUGAAGCAGAUGUCUCUUCCCAGAUUAGAACUGGCGGGCACAUUGUUACUUGCAAAACUUUUCAAGGCUGUCAAAGGCGCAAUGGAGCUCGGCGAUGUUGAAUGCAUAGCUUGGACAGACUCGAUGAUUGUACUCGGCUGGCUAUCUUCACAUCCACGGCGCUGGAAAACAUAG